AAUGCUCUUCACGCUAAGCUUUGUUCUCCGUCUGCGUUUGCUCUUGCAUUAAGAGCCUCGACAUUUUGUAGCCACCUUCAGGCAUCGAUCCAUCCACGUAAUACCAAUUGAAUCAAACAUGGUCAGCGCCGUUCAGUCCACAACCUUGCGAGCAGCCUUGUCAAACAAGGCUCUCGUCAUCGAAUCAGGGUUAAUUGGUGGCACAAGGACUUCUGGAGACAAGAAAUUCCCAGUGUACAAUCCGGCCACCGACAAGGUCAUCGCAGAAGUCGAUGAUCACGGCGUUGGUCACUUCAAAGAAGCAAUCGAUCACGCCCGCGAAUGCUUUCAAGAGUUCCGGAGAACCACUGAGCACGAGAGGUCAAGACUACUACAUCGAUUCGCCGCUCUCGUUCGACAGAAUGCAGACGAUCUCGCAAUACUGUUGACCUCGGAAAACGGAAAGACGCUGGCAGAAGCAAAGGGAGAAGUCGAGUAUGGUGCCAGCUUCCUCUCCUGGUUUGCUGAGGAAGCCAUUCGCUCGUACGGCGACAUUGUUCCCUCGAUGAACGCCGGGAACACAAACUUCAUUGUCCGGCAACCCAUUGGCGUGUGUGCCAUUAUUGCGCCCUGGAAUUUUCCCAUCGCCAUGAUCACUCGAAAGCUUGGCCCGGCGUUGGCUGCAGGCUGCACAGUCGUUAUUAAGCCGCCCAGCGAGACGCCCUUGUGCACACUUGCACUUACUCACCUCGCGCAGGAGGCAGGACUGCCAGCGAAUGCAAUUCAAGUCGUGCCUAGUCGCGACCGCGCAGCUGUCGCGGAGCUAUACACAAACCCUAUCAUCAAGAAGGUCAGCUUCACUGGCUCGACUAAGGUCGGCAAGUUGAUCACUGAGAAGGCUGCUGGGACAAUGAAGAAGGUGUCUAUGGAGCUUGGCGGCAACGCACCCUUCAUUGUCUUCGACGAUGCCGAUAUUGCGAAAGCUAUCGAGGGCGUUGUUGCUUGCAAAUUUCGGUGCUCGGGACAAACAUGCGUCUGCGCGAAUCGUCUCUUCGUACAGCGCGGUGUUCACGAUCAGUUCGUCAACGCACUCAUCGAGCGUGCUCAGCAAUUCAAAGUUGGGUCCGGCAUGGACCCUACUGUAACACACGGUCCUUUGGUUAACGAAGCGGCUGUAGUCAAGGUCAAGAGCCACAUCGACGACGCCGUAGCCAAGGGCGCCAAGUUGCUCCACGGAGGAAAGGUUCGUCGGGACCUGGGCAAAUGCUACAUUGAGCCCGCCAUCAUGACAGACGUCACUUCAGACAUGCUGGUAGCUCGUGAGGAAACAUUCGGUCCAUUGGCACCGAUAUUCGUCUUCGACACGGCCGACGAAGUCAUUCAAAUGGCAAACGACACCGAGUUCGGACUCGCUGGGUACUUCUUCUCGGCGAACCUCAACACCAUCUGGCAGGUAGCGCAGGAGCUCGAGGUCGGCAUGGUCGGUGUCAACACAGGAAAGAUUAGUGCACCAGAGGCACCGUUUGGCGGCAUCAAGGAGUCGGGUAUGGGGAAGGAAGGCAGUAAGUAUGGCCUGGCCGAGUUUCAGAUCCUCAAGAAUAUCACCAUCUCUAUGUAGAACAGGGUCAAUUAACUGUUAUUGUUAGUUUACACGCAAAACAAAGACUAUAAUUUGCAGAACAACGAUUGUAACUUGCUGUCUAAGAUCCGCAAGACGUAACCUUACGCAG